UCAGCCCAGUCCUCAUAAGGAUGGUAAAACCAGUGCACGCCGAGCGUUAGUGUGCAUGUUUUAAUUAGACAGACAGACAGGCAGGCAGGGGGAGAGACAGACGGGAUAUUCAGUCCGCUGAUUGGAGGAGCAGCAGGAGGUGAACCGGAGUUUGACUCAGUCGCCGGGACCAGCGGAGAGUUUACCGGAGAGGAGCGGCGGCUGUCUGCGGACCUGCAGGCGGAGCGGAGCGGGUUCGGGACUGAGCUCGGACCGCGAGGAGAGGGAUCCCGCUGCGGUUUCCACAGCAGGAUGAAAGCUCAGUUCUGAACAUCACCUCAGUAUGACAUCAUCAGGCCCUGCCCUAUCCUCUCUCCCCCUCCGCCAUCAUCAUCAUCUUCAUUACCUUCAUGUCUUCUUCUGCACUUUCUACCGAUAUCAUCUGUGGCCCCGCCUCCUGCUAUCUCUCUGCCUCUGGACUGGUGGACAGGUGGUCCAGGUGAGCGCUUCUCACCAGCACUUCCACCCCCACUCCAUAAAGAUACCAGGUGACAUCACUCUGGGCGGGCUGUUCCCCAUCCACGCCCGCGGACCCCAUGGUGUAAACUGUGGGGAACUGAAGAAGGAAAAGGGGAUCCACCGCAUGGAGGCCAUGCUGUACGCUCUGGACCAGAUUAACAGCGACCCUGAGCUGCUGCCAAAUAUCACACUUGGGGCCCGGAUCCUGGACACCUGCUCCAGAGACACCUACGCUCUGGAACAGUCACUCACCUUUGUUCAGGCUCUUAUCCAGAAAGACACAUCCGACAUUCGCUGCUCCAAUGGCGAGCCGCCCAUCAUCCGAAAGCCGGAGAGGGUGGUGGGAGUGAUCGGAGCAUCAGCCAGCUCUGUGUCGAUCAUGGUGGCCAAUAUCCUGCGGCUUUUUGAAAUCCCUCAGGUGAGCUAUGCAUCCACAGCUCCGGAGCUCAGUGAUAACAACCGGUACGACUACUUCUCCAGGGUGGUUCCUCCGGACUCAUACCAGGCUCAGGCCAUGCUGGACAUCGUCAAAGCCCUGGGCUGGAACUACGUGUCCACCCUGGCCUCGGAGGGUAACUAUGGAGAGAGCGGAGUCGACGCCUUCAUGCAGAUCUCCAGAGAGGCUGGUACACAGAGCUUUCUUUUAACUUGCGUGUUUUUCCUGAUCUGUCCAUCUCUUGGUAACCUCUUUCUUUUUAUGUCAGGUGGGGUGUGUAUCGCUCAGUCGGUGAAGAUUCCUCGCGAGCCAACAGCUGGAGAGUUUGACAAGAUCAUCAAACGUCUGAUGGAGACGAGUAAUGCCAGAGGCGUGAUCAUUUUUGCCAAUGAGGAUGACAUCAAGCGUGUCCUUGAGGCAGCAGAACGUGCUAACCUGACGGGCCACUUCCUGUUUGUGGGGUCAGACAGCUGGGGUGCGAAAAGCUCACCGGUCACUGAGCUGGAGGAUGUUGCAGAGGGUGCAGUCACCAUCCUGCCAAAGCGGGCUUCGAUUGACGGGUUUGAUCAGUACUUCAUGACUCGCUCCCUGGAGAACAACCGCAGAAACAUCUGGUUUGCUGAGUUCUGGGAAGACGAUUUCAGGUGUAAACUGACCCGGCCUGGAAUCAAACUGGACCCCGAUAAGAAGAAAUGUACAGGUGACGAGAGGAUCGGACGGGACUCGCUCUACGAGCAGGAAGGAAAGGUUCAGUUUGUGAUCGAUGCGGUCUACGCCAUGGCUCACGCUCUGCACAACAUGCACCAGGAUUUGUGUCCCGGCAGCUCCGGAGUCUGCAACAACAUGGACCCUGUGGAGGGACAAGUGCUGCUGAACUACAUCAGAACCGUCAACUUCAAUGGAAGUGCUGGUACAAGUGUUUUGUUCAACGAGAACGGAGACGCUCCUGGACGCUACGACAUCUUCCAGUUUCAGAUGACCAAUCACAGCCACCCUGGCUACCAUGUCAUUGGCCAGUGGACCAACAAUUUGAGACUCAAUCUGGAGGAGAUGCAGUGGUCUGGAGGGGAUAGAUCCAUUCCAGAGUCCAUCUGUAGUUUUCCUUGUAAACCAGGAGAAAGGAAGAAGAUGGUGAAGGGGGUUCCAUGCUGCUGGCACUGUGAGCUGUGUGAUGGGUAUCAGUACCAGCUGGAUGAGUUUAACUGUGAGACCUGUCCAUCAGACAUGCGGCCGGUCCCCAACAGAACCGCCUGCCGUCCCACUCCGAUCAUCAAACUGGAGUGGAACUCUCCCUGGGCCCUAGUGCCUGCCUCUCUCGCUAUGCUCGGUAUCCUGGCGACCAGCGCUGUGGUUAUCACCUUCAUCCGCUUCAAUGAGACGCCCAUUGUCAGGGCGUCAGGGAGGGAGCUCAGCUAUGUACUGCUGACAGGUAUCUUCCUGAUCUACCUGAUCACCUUCCUGAUGAUUGCGGAGCCAGGUGUGGUAGUUUGUGCAUUCCGGCGCCUCCUGCUGGGCCUCGGCAUGGCCAUCACCUACUCUGCCAUGCUGACCAAAACCAACCGCAUCUACCGCAUCUUUGAACAGGGCAAGAGGUCGGUGACCCCGCCCAAAUUCAUCAGCCCCACGUCCCAGCUGGUCAUCACCUUCAUCCUCAUCUCUGUCCAGGUCCUUGGUGUGUUUGUGUGGUUUGGCGUCGUCCCCCCUCACACCAUUAUCGAUUAUGACGAGCUCCGCCCUCCAAACCCUGACCUGGCCCGGGGCAUCCUGAAGUGUGACAUGUCUGACUUGUCAAUCAUCUGCUGCCUCAGCUACAGCAUCGUUCUCAUGGUAACGUGUACGGUGUACGCCGUGAAGAGUCGUGGCGUUCCAGAGACGUUCAACGAAGCAAAACCAAUUGGCUUCACAAUGUACACAACCUGCAUCGUCUGGCUCGCAUUCGUACCCAUCUUCUUUGGUACCGCACAGUCCACCGAGAAGAUGUUCAUCCAGACAGCCACUCUGACCGUCUCCAUGUCUCUCAGUGCGUCCGUCUCUCUCGGGAUGCUCUACAUGCCCAAAGUUUACGUCAUCAUUUUCCAUCCCGAGCAAAACGUCCAGAAGAGGAAGAGAAGCUUCAAGGCUGUUGUCCAGGCUGCCAGAUUGUCUCAAAAAUCUACAAGUGACAAACAGAAUGGAGAGACAAAGAUCGAACCUGACAGAACGCAGUAAUACUGCAGUAAUACUACAAACUAAAGGUAGCUGUGGACCAAUCCCCAUGCAGAGCCUGAUGACAUCAUCAUGAAGAUCACAUGGUCUCACACACACACACUCAGAACAACAAUACACUCAAGUGCAUAAUAUUAU